CGUUGUUUCUUUUCCACUGUGAAUGUGAUUUGUCUGCUCUGCGGCUGCGCUGAGAGUAAUUCGACCCUCAAACCCGGAUGUAACCAACGCCUAACCUAUGCGCCCAACCUGUCCAAAGAAAAACGAUGCAAACUAUAAAAUGUGUUGUGGUAGGGGACGGUGCAGUAGGAAAGACCUGCUUACUGAUCUCAUACACAACCAACAAGUUCCCCUCAGAAUAUGUGCCCACGGUAUUCGACAAUUAUGCAGUGACGGUGAUGAUUGGGGGCGAGCCCUAUACACUCGGCCUAUUUGACACAGCAGGUCAGGAGGAUUAUGACAGGCUGCGUCCUCUCAGCUAUCCACAGACGGACGUGUUCCUUGUAUGUUUCUCUGUCGUCUCCCCCUCAUCAUUUGAAAAUGUCAAAGAGAAGUGGGUUCCUGAGAUUUCGCACCACUGCCCACGCACACCCUUUCUGUUAGUGGGUACGCAGGUGGAUCUGCGGGAAGACAGCAACACGAUCGAGAAGUUGGCGAAAAACAAACAGCGCCCCCUAUAUCCUGAAAGCGGAGAGAAGCUGGCUCGUGAGCUCAAGGCUGUCAAAUACGUGGAGUGCUCUGCUCUGACACAGCGAGGGCUUAAGAAUGUGUUUGACGAGGCCAUCCUGGCGGCCCUGGAGCCUCCUGAGACCAAAACCAAGAGAAAAUGCGUCCUGCUAUAGAUGAACAACUACAGCAAGAGACCUAACGGUGUAAAAAAAAUAAAUAGGUGGGGUCAAUGGCCAUUUUGAGAAAAAAAAAAGGACAAAACAAAAGGGGAAGGGAGCUACAAUGCCAUUGAGACUUAUUUCAAAAACAAGUGUACACUGAUUGUGCCUUCAAAAUAAACUUUGAAAGAGCCUGAGGGAGCAAAUCAGCAUGCAGCAAAUGCAGUAAGUGUCACCUAUCUCUUUUUCUGAACGCUUUUAGAAAUUGCAGUAUUUUCUCUACAAAUAUUAAGGUGGGGCGGGCCCCCCUGCCUGUCACUGUUGCUCCUUUGUUUUGUUUUUUUAAAGAUUCUUUUAUAUAGUUGCCUUUGACUUUCCCUGUGUUUUUCUUGUUGUGGCCGAUUCAGGCUUUUAAACCCAUCGUAGGGAAUGGGGAAACCUUUUAACAUUAAGUUUUUUUCAGUGGGCUUUGGGUAAUACAAUAAAAGGGUUAACUUAAUGUUAAGUGGUAUUCUAAUUCUUUUCUGACCCUUUUGGGUUUAAUGAUGAAAGCACAAGAGAUUUCUUGUCACUCCAAACAAAGAUAAAUGUUAAGAAUAAGAAGGUUACUCUCUUCUGGGGAAGCCAAGUGCAUUUUCACCAAUUUGCCUUCUUCAGUUGAAUAAUGAAUUUCCAUUUUAUUCUUCUUUUAUGUAUAUGGUAUUAAUUCUGUGACUCUGUUUUG